AUGCACUACUCCGCUCUCAUCGCCGGUCUCACACUCGCUGUAGCCAAUCCUACUCCUCAAGUCUUCGAUGCCUCUGAGCUGUCUGACAUCGAGCCCGCUGCACCAGUUGACGUUCCACUUGGAGCUGGAAGUCAGACUCUUCCUUUGAACAUCGAUGCCAUCGUUGACAGUGCCUAUGCCGAUGUCCUGGCCGAUCCUUCUCCAGACGGCUACGGUCCUGCGGUCUCCCCCGACACUGCCGACGCCUUCACGAGCUCUGAUGCUCUGUCAUGGGCUGCUAAAUCGGCUUCGACCCCUGGAGGUUAUUACCAGGUUUUCCAGGACUACAAGGCAUCUGUCAGUACCUCUGGUUACAGAGGCUACAAGACCUACCAAUCCUACGACGUUGCCAAAGCGGCCAAUGAUUGCAGAGCUAUCAAGGGAUGCAAGAGCUUCAACAUCUUCUUCGAACGUGACCCCCUGCAGGACCCCAGUGCUACGUGCACUCCUGGCUCUACUAACGUCAUUAAGGCCUCCUUCUGGAGUGUGCCUCUGAGCAAGCCCGUCGCAACCAACAAGGGCCAAUACCGCAACAAAUUCCAAGUCGUCAUCGCCGGCUCAAACGCCUAUAAUCUUAUCGAUUGUGCUCCGGAGAUCCCAGAUUGGACCAAGGAGAUCUACAAUGGUUGCACCAUCAACGCUCCAGCCACUUCCUGUGACAACACCAACACGGGCGGACAGACUGUGAAUGGCAAGAAGGACUCUGUCGGCUACUCGUAUUCCUACACCCGCACCAAGGACAACGGUGUCGACUACUGCCCUAUCAAAGGAGCCAAGACUCUGUGA